AUGGAAAUACCUCCAUCUCACUCUACGGAGGUGUUACCGUGCUCAACCCCAAGCUUGACCAACGCAGGUGGUGAGAACCGUGUGCUCCAGGCCAACCCAACGUACGCCAAUGUCAGCGUCGGAACUGGUACUUUGGCCAUCAACAGUGCAACCUUCACCUGCAACUACAUCGACGUCCCCAAGGGAUUCUUUGUCUACCUCAAUUUGAAGCACAACACUGAGGUCAACACUAAGGGUCUCAUUGUUGCCGGCCAGCUAUACAUCAAGGGUGACAUCACCGUCAAUGGAGACAUCCAGGUCACGACUUCCGGCCAGAUGUACGUCAACGUCGGCGAGACCCUGACCAUCAACGGAAACCUCGAGCUCAACGGCCUCUCUGUUGUCUCUGUGCGUCCAUCCGCUGCCUACGUCUCCACUCCAGCAAUCAGGACCAUCACUGCCUCUCUCAGUGGCAGCCUGAACUAUGGCCCAGAGAGCGGCAUGUCCUACGAUGGUCAGACCUACACUUUCCAGGCCGCCAAGAGCGCAUUCGUUGGUUCCUUCACCAGCUUCCAGCCAACCAAUGCCCCAUCUGGUGGUAUGAUUGAUGUCGCAGCCAACACCAUCGCCUUGACCAAGAGCUCCUAA